AUGGCGCCCGCUCAGCAGCAAGCCGAUCUGCUCGUUGACCAGGAUGCGCAUCCAAUCGUCAACGAGGAAGUCCGAAGCCAAACAGAGUCGCAGGAUGAUGCAGCCCUUCUGAGGACCAUGGGCUACAAGCCAGUCCUUCAUAGAACAUAUACAUUUUUCGAGAACUUUGCGACCACGUUUGCUGCGCUUUACUUCGUCGGUGGUGUGCGUGUUACUUUCAGUACCGGUAUUGCGGCUGGUGGUAACUUGGCCUACUGGACGAGUUAUUUAGUUACCAUGGUCUUCACCUAUAUUACUGCCGCGGUCAUUGCGGAGGUCUGCUCGGCCUCCCCGUCUGCUGGGUCCAUUUAUCUGUGGGCUGCUGAAGCCGGUGGUCCUCGAUUCGGCCGACUCCUUGGCUUCAUCGUCGCAUGGUGGAGUACUACCGCAUGGACGACGUUCUGCGCCAGCAACACCCAAGCAGCUGUGAACUACAUGCUCUCGGAGCUGACGGUCUUCAAUGUCGAUUUCCCGACGGACACAUCGAGCGUCAAGUUCCGUGCGGUUCAAUGGAUCUGCACAGAAAUCCUGCUCGCACUGGCUGCUAUCUUGAACUUCAUGCCGCCCAGAUACUUCCGCUAUGUGUUCUGGUUCUCAUCCAUGGUUGUGCUGCUCGAUUUCAUCCUGAACAUCAUCUGGCUCCCCAUCGGCGCACACAAUACCUGGGGUUUCCGAACUGCCGAAGAAGCCUUCAUGUCGACCUACAACGGCACCGGCGCUCCGCCAGGCUGGAACUGGUGUCUGUCCUAUCUCGCAACAGCGGGUAUCCUGAUCGGAUUCGACGCAUCCGGCCACGUCGCUGAGGAGACCAAAAACGCCUCCAUAACCGCAGCGCGAGGCAUCUUCUGGAGCACAAUAGUGAGCGGAAUCGGAGGACUGGCCACCAUCAUCCUGUUCCUCUUCUGCGCGCCUGACCCCGACACCCUCUUUUCAUUCGGCUCCCCGCAGCCAUUCGUCCCCCUCUACGCCGUUGUCCUCGGUAGAGGCGGCCACAUUUUCAUGAACGUAAUCUGCAUCGUCGCCCUGUGGCUCAACACCGCAAUCGCAAUCGUAGCGGCCUCGCGUCUCGUCUUCGCCGUAGCCCGCGACGGCGUCCUCCCCUUCUCAUCAUGGGUCUCCAAAGUCCACAACGGCCAGCCCCGCAACGCCGUGAUCGUCGUGUGGGCCGUAGCAGCCCUCAUCACCUGCACACUCCUCCCCUCCGACGUGGCGUUCACCUCGCUCGUCUCCGCCGCCGGUGUCCCCAGCGCCGCAGCCUACGGCCUCAUCUGUCUCGCCCGUCUCCUCUGCACCCCGAAGCGCUUUCCCAAGCCCCAAUGGAGUCUCGGAAAAUGGAGCAAACCGUUCCAGUUCAUCGGCGUGUUCUGGAAUGGAUGGGUUGUUGCCGUUCUCUUUUCGCCGUAUGCGUUUCCCGUUACCGGGGCGAAUCUGAAUUAUGCGCCGAUUAUCAUGGCGGGUGUUACUAUUUUUGCGCUUAUUUCGUACUUUGCUAUGCCUGAGGAAGCGUGGUUGCCGCGGAACCGGAUCUCGCAUUUCAUCGAUAGUAAAGGCGCGCAGGCGACUGUCGAGGAGGUGGAGCGGCCUUCGGGUGAAGAUCAGGGGACCAGUAGUGCACGGCUAUGA